AUGUCGAAGAAAAGUGACUUGGGUCGCCCAAAAAAAACAGCACUAGAAGAGGAAGAAAAACUAGCGAAGAAGCUACAAGCAAAAAAGAACAAGAUGAAGGUGGAUGGUAAGGACAAGAAGAAGAAAGGUGGUAAUGGAUUUCAAGUUGAGAAGAAAAAAUUGAAGACAAGGAUGACUCCAUUAGCCAAAGCUAAAGCUGCACAAGCAAUGGAGAUUGAAAAAUAAGAUUUUUGUUGUAAUGUAUUCAGGUGCAUUUGGUAACUGAAAAU